AUGGGAGCCUGGCGCGGCUGCACACAAGAGCUGCUGCAGCAGGAACAGCUGCCGCAGCUGCUGCCGCUGCUGCAGCAGGACUGCAAGCCCCUUCUGCCCCGCGGUCUGCUGCUGCAGGGGGCCCCACCCCCCCACUUGCUGCAGUGGGGGGCCCCCCUAAACUAUUUGGACCCUCGGGGGGCCCCCCCCCUCUUUUGCUGCUUCUAUGGGGCCCUUGCUGCAUGCGGCAUCAGUGGCUGCAAGGUGGACGCGCUGUCGCUGCUCGUCAUGGCAGCAGCAGGUGCUGCUGCUGCUGCUGCUGCUGCUGCUGCUGCUGCUGCUGCUGCUGGUGGAGCUGGUGCUGCCCUUGAGGACGGGGAGGCGAAGCGCACAGACGACCCUGCUGCUGCAGCCGAUGCAGCAGCAGCAACAGCAGCAGCAGCAGCAGCAAAUGAGGACGCAGCCGCGACAAGAGCAGCAAAUGCAAGAGGCACAGCAGCAGCAGAAGCAGCAGCAGCAGCAGCAGCAAGGCCUGCUGCUCUUAAGCAAUUUGGAGGCAGCAGAGCUUUUCACCACUACGUGCAUGCACUCACAGAUGCAGCAGUUGCUUGCUUUGAGCCCAAACAGCAGCAGCAGCAGCAGCAGCAGAAGCAGCAGCAGCAGCAGCAGCAGCAGCAGCUCUACCAACUCUACCGCGAAGCCCCGCGGCCCCGCCGCGUGCAGUGCCGCCGCAGCAGCAAGAGCUGCUGCUGCUGCUGCAGCUGCGACGAGUGGGCGCCUGCGGCGGCGUCAGCAGCAGCUCCCGCAGCAGCAGCCGCAGAACUCCCGGCAGCAGCAGCAACAGCAGCUGCAGCGGCCCCAGCAGCAGCAGCAGCAGCAGCAGCAGGGGGCGCUCACGCUGCUGCUGCGGAGGCCUGCAGUGUAUUGCGAAGAAACCUCUGCUUCUGUUUGCUCUCAUAUUUGGGCCAACGCGGCGACGGCGCUGUGGGUGGGGCCCUUUGUGCGCUGCGGUACAAGAUUUGGAACUUGUGCACUGGAGGGUUUCUCGUGGGGGUCUUUGGGCUGUACGAGGCCCCCGGGGGCUGUACGUACACUGCGCUGCUGCAGCAGCAGCAGCUGCUGCUGCUGCAGCAGCAGAGGGGCCCUUGGGUGCAGCAGCAGCAGCAACCCCCCAAAGAUCUUCUUUGCUGCGAUAUUGAGGACUGGAACGCAGCACCCCUUCACUGCCAGCACCCAUGGGUGGUUUCUGUGCACUUUGCCACCUGCCGCCUCUUCGCAAUUUGCCCCAUUUAUAUUUUAGAAAGAGAGUGCAGCAGGGGGGCCCCCAAGGGGGGCCCCCAAUUGACAAAUGGGGCCCUUAUUGGGGGCCCCCCAGAAGACAAGGGGGGCCCCCAGGGGGCCCCCUGCAAAGCCCGGGGGGCCCUUGUGGGGUUUAGGGGGCCCCUGGCUGCCCCUGCAGCAUUUCUGUUUCCUCCUGGUGUGGCAAGAUUUACGGUGGCAGCAGCAGCGGAGCAGCAGCAGCAGCAGCAGCAGCAGCAGCAGCAGCAGCCGCAGCAGCAGCAGCGUCUUUUGCUGCAGCUAGAAGAGCCCGUUGCUGCAGCAGCUUGCUGCGCUGCUGCUGAUGGACAAGGGGGCCCCUUGGGGGCCCUAGGAGAAGAAAUUGCUGCUGCUGCUGUUCCUCAGCAAGGCACCGGCCUCUUUGCUCAAGUUGUUGCAGCAGGGUGUAUUGUCUUUUGGUAUGAAGGGCCCCAAGACCCUUGCUGCCUUCUCCUACGCCCGGGGGCCCCCACCCUGGGGGGCCCCUCUGGGGGCCCCCCUGGGGGCCCCCCUGGGGGCCCCCCUGGGGGCCCCCCUGGGGGCCCCCUUGGGGGCCCCAUUAAGGGGCCCCCCAAAGCAUUAUGCCCUUUGUCUCUGUGGGGCCUUGAGGCCUAUGCUAGUGUGCAGGCGAACCUCUGGGUGGCGAAAGACCAGCAGCAGCAGCAGCAGCAGCAGCAGCAGCAGCAGCAGCAGCAGCAGCAGGGCGGGGCCGUCCUUGAGGGCUCUCAAACCCUCGCCCCCGCCAGCAUCAUUGUGGCUGUGAGCGACAGAGAUCUGCUGCUGCUGCAGCAGCUGCUGCAGCAGCUGCUGCAGCACACUCCGCAGCAGUUGCUGCAGGAGGUGCUUCUGGCUCCCUACCAGCAGCAGCAGCAGCAGCAGCAGCAGCAGCAGCAGCAGCAAUAUUACAUACUUAAGGACGGGGGCCCCCUGGGGCCACUGCUGCCGCUGCUGCAGCAAACCCCUAAAGUCAGAGUGCUACCUGAGAUUCAAAAGACUUAUGCUGCUGCAGUGUUUGCUGCUGCUCGAGCAGCGGCUGCUGCUGCAGUCGUUGUGCUGCCUCCUGAAGCGCGGGUCUCUCCCCACUGGCUGCAGCCGUUGCUGCUGCUGCUGCAGCAGCAACAGCAGCAGCAGCAGCAAGCCAUCAUAUUUCCUGCAGAGGCAAAGACAAUGGGGGCCCUCUGGGGGCCCCCAGGGGGCCCCCGUUGUCACAAGGCUGAGCUGAAUUGGGCGCUAGACCUGCGCGCCGUAGCUUCCCGAAGUGCAGCACCAACAGCAGCAGCAGCAGCAGGCGCAGCAGAAGGAGCAGCAGCAGCAGCAGCAGCAGCAGCAGUGGCCUCUGCUGCGCUGCCUGGAGCAGCAUUUGCUGCAGCAAAAGCCUUGCUGCUUGCUGCUGCUUCCCCAGAUCCGCUGCUGCAGCACAGAGCUGGGGUGUCUCUUGAGCUUUCUCUUUUUGCUGCUGCUUGUGGGGUUGCUGAAGAGGAGCGGCUGCUGCUGCAGAGCAAACUGAGGGUUGCUGAGGCCUGGCUGGGAGACGCUGCAAUGCUGCCUUGGAUUGCCUUGGGGGAGCCGAACAUCUUUCUGGGGGGCAGCCCAAGUCCCCUGCCCAGCCGCCUAGCAGCAGCAGCAGCAACAGCAGCAGCAGCAGCAGCAGCAGCAGAAGCAGCAGCAGCAGAAGCAGCAGCAGCGAAUUCUGCAACAGGACCUGCUGCUGAUGCAGCAGCAGCUGCAGAACAUACGGCAACAGGCCCAAAAGACCAAUCCAAAGCAGCAGCAGCAGCAGCAGAAUUUGUGAGAACGUGCAGCAGAAACAAAGCAGCAGCAGCAGCAGCAGCAGCAGCAACAGGACUUGUUCCCGGGCUCCCUGCAGCACCGCUAGAGGACAUUAUCCCCCUUCUAGGCAACAUUAAGUGGCUCAGAGGGCCCAGAUGGCCCCCCCUUUGCCUCUCUUGGAGCGACAGCAAAUCGCUGCAGCAAACCCUAACAGUCACGACAGACUGCGCAGCAGAUCACGCCUUAUUUGCUGCCUUGCUGCUGCAGCAGCAGCAGCAGCAGCUGCAGCAGCAGCAGCUGCAGCAGCAGCAGCAACUUUUGCAGAUCCGCGGUGUACAUACAGCUAAUGUAGAUAACUGCCUCAACAGCCAGCUGCUGGCUGUUCCUUGCGACCCUGAAGACCAUGAUCAGUGGUAA